CUUACCGGCGUCGUCUGUUUCUCCUUGUCUCUUCACUCUUCUAUGUGCUAUUAUAAAUAUUGAAUACAUAUGCAUAAACAAAGUGGCUCGUAAAAUGACAUCCGCUUUAACGUGCCAUUCACGAUCAUCAAAGCGCCUAAUCGCUUACUGUUGGUCAACGCCAAGAUAUUCCUCGGCAUGGAGGUGCCCGCAAGGGUAUGACACAGGCAUCAAAGUGUACAACACCGUGGUUCGCAAGAAAGUCCCGCUUAUGGUGCAGACGGAUGGCGUAAUCAAGUGGUACGCGUGUGGCCCCACUGUGUACGAUGUGGCGCACGUCGGUCAUGGCUGUUCGUACGUACGUUUCGACAUCAUCCGCAGAAUUCUCGAGAAAUUCUACAAUAUUAACGUCGUCAUGGUCAUGGGAAUCACCAACGUCGACGACAAGAUAAUUAACCGAGCGAGAGAAGCCGGACUGCCCACUGACACGAUCGCGAAACAAUACGAGAACGAAUUUCUUGCAGACAUGAAUAGAUUAAGAGUUUUGCCACCGACAAUGUACAUGCGGGUCACGGAAAACCUAGACAGCAUAACGCAGUUCUGCGCUACGUUGAAAGACAAAGGAAUGGCAUACACCGCGGACGAUUGCUCCAUGUACUUCGACGUUGCAAAGUACCCGCAGUAUGGAAUGUUCCGCACAGAGUGCCCAGAGGAACAGGCACAGCAGAGCGAGUCAAAGAGGGACCCCAGAGACUUUGCUGUUUGGAAAGGGGCAAAGCCCGGGGAGCCAAAGUGGUUGACGCCUUGGGGUCCGGGGAGGCCAGGCUGGCACAUCGAGUGUUCAGCCAUGGCGAGCCAGGUGUUCGGCAGCUCUGUCGAUAUCCACACGGGUGGGAAAGACCUAAUGUUUCCACACCAUGAGAAUGAAGAGGCACAAAGUUGCAGCUAUCAUGGCGUAUCACAGUGGGUUAACUAUUGGCUGCAUGCGGGUCACGUGCAGGUCAAGACGGAUGGAAAGGUAGAAAAAAUGUCCAAAUCGCUGGGAAAUUUUAUCCCCAUGAGGCAGUUCCUACGGGAUCACUCUGUGAACCAAUUCCGAAUAUUCUGCCUACGCUCUCCGUACCAGAAAGAUAUCGAGCUGACCCCAAAAACUCUCGAUGAAGCCAGGUCCACUUUGAGGAAGAUGCACGACUUUGUAGCAGAUGCGGAGGCUUACGUCGAAGGACAUCUACUGUGCGAGACGCCGUCCGAACCAGACAUACUGGAGAGGCUGGCACAGCUACGAAAAGAGGUGAAACUGUCCCUCGGGGACGACUUCAACUAUCCGAAAGCAAUUUCUGGAGUCGUAAAAUUCAUAAACUACUUAAACCAGACCCUACAGUUAAAGCCGAGUUCCAGCACCGGAGCGAGAAGCCCCGGCGCAAUCGCAAUCUCGAUGAACUACGUCCUGAAACUGAUGGAGGACUUGGGCGUGGAGCUCACGACCAAACAGAGCUUACAAAGAUCCCCUUACGUGUCCGACAGCGUCUUGGCGGGCGUUCUCGACGACAUUGUAGACUUCCGAAAUAAAGUUCGCCUUCAAGCCCUAACAGGGAAACAAAGGGUAUCUGAACAGCAAAGUCCACAGGACAAACACAGCCCCGCAGCUCAAGAAACCACAUCUGGCUACCCAGUACAUCCAGAUCGCCCUCCGGAAGACAAAGAAGGCGACGGAUCUGGUUGGACCGCAGUGCCGAACGCCGCAACGAAGAGUCCACCUCAGAGGAAGACGCGUGAUCCUAUGAUCGCAGCGUGUGAUGUUCUGAGGGACAGGAUGUUCACUGCAGGCAUUCAGAUCAAAGACCGUGGCCACGCAUCGAGUUGGAGUUUCAUGGAAGAGACUUCGCUCGAGGCCAAGAAGGAGAAAUUGCGUAGUAUGGACUCGUUUGAUCCGCAGUACGUGCCGAAGAGCAAGGGGAAGCGAUAGUUUAGCAGGUACUGCAGGUGCUCACGAACACACUGCAGUACGCAGCUACAUGCCAAAGACAUUCUGAGCACUUGUAGAGUUUACGGGAUGUUGAAAGUUCCUUAGUACUUUUGUGCAACAAAAUUAUUAAUACUCACUCAAUGACCCCUGAAAGAUGGUGUUUUAAUAUACAUCCAAAUCACAUGCUUUAUGUACAUAGUUAUGAAUGCGGAAAUUUUCUGCGACAGUUCCUUCACUUCUCGAUUUCUCCGAGGUACACUUGCUUGUCGCUAGACACUGAGAGUACUGUAAAGUAAUAAAAGAAUGUAUUUAAUUGGGCA